CGACAGCUUGCGACUGACGUAUUUGGACAAGAAAUGAAUGCCCUGUGAAACUUCUUCGUCUCCCGAAUGUGAUGUUUGCAGGCGCCGUGGGUGUUUCCCCGCUCAUUCCUCCGGUAUAAGUGACCCGAUAGCACGCCGGUGGAUCGGCGCGCCACAUUUUUUGGCGACAUUACCACGGAAAACACGACCCAAAGCGGUUUGUUUGAAUUUCAUGACCGAAAACUGACCGUUCGCCAAGUUGGAAACGACUCCGGAUCGUUAACUGUGGGGAGAAAUGGGCACUUUACGCGAUCUCCAGUACGCGUUACAGGAGAAGAUUGAAGAACUGAGACAGAGAGACGCGCUGAUUGAUGAACUGGAGUUGGAGCUGGACCAGAAAGACGAACUCAUCCAGAAGCUUCAGACUGAGUUAGACAAAUACCGAUCCGUUAUAAGACCGGCAACUCAACAAGUCCACAAGCAGAAGAGUGUCCUUCAAGAGCAGCAGAGGACUAAGAGACAGGCGAUCUCAGCCGAACCCACAGCCUUUGAUAUUCAAGACCUCAAUCACGUCACCCUGCCUUUCUACCCAAAGAGCCCACAGUCUAAAGAACUAAUCAAAGAAGCCAUUCUUGACAAUGACUUCAUGAAGAACCUGGAGCUGUCUCAGAUUCAGGAGAUUGUGGACUGCAUGUACCCUGUGGAGUAUGAUAAAGAAAGUUGUAUCAUCAAAGAAGGCGAUGUGGGCUCCCUGGUCUAUGUCAUGGAAGAUGGCAAGGUGGAGGUGACAAAGGAAGGCAUGAAACUCUGCACCAUGGGACCGGGGAAGGUGUUUGGAGAGCUCGCCAUCCUCUACAACUGCACCAGGACUGCUACGGUACAGACCCUCACAAAUGUGAAGUUAUGGGCCAUCGACCGCCAGUGUUUCCAGACCAUCAUGAUGAGGACCGGACUCAUCAAGCAUGCAGAGUACAUGGAGUUUCUGAAGAGCGUUCCGACAUUCCAUGGCCUUCUGGAAGAAAUACUCAGCAAGCUAGCUGAUGUGCUGGAGGAGACUCACUACAGUGAUGGAGAGUACAUUAUCAGACAAGGUGCCAGAGGGGACACGUUCUUUAUCAUUAGCAAGGGAAAGGUGAACGUUACUCGAGAAGAUCCACCCAAUGGGACCCCUGUCUAUCUGCGGGCCUUAGGUAAAGGAGACUGGUUUGGAGAAAAAGCUCUUCAAGGAGAAGACAUCAGGACGGCUAAUGUCAUCGCCGCUGAAGCUGUCACCUGCCUCGUCAUCGACAGAGAGUCCUUCAAACACUUGAUUGGAGGUCUGGACGAUGUCUCGAACAAAGGCUAUGAUGAUGCUGGCGCCAAAGCAAAGUAA